UAUGUAAAGCGGCGAACGCAUCCCCAUUUGGUGGAAGACUAAGAAAAUUAUGGAGGAAUGAUGAUAAAAACGGGAAGAGGUGAAUUCUCCAAAGGGAUAUCAGGAAGUGCGUUUACAAAUGGUUCUUUGCACUACACCUAAAUGUUCAGCGAAGAUUUGAUGGAAGGACAGAUCAUACCCCAAACACACGGAAUGGAUGGUGCAACGCUACUUAGCGUCAGUGAAGACAGGGAUCCAGAGAAUAAUAACGCUUAUUUGAAGGUGGCUUAUUCAGAUGUGAUCUGCGAGCCAACAGCAGUUCGUAGCCCUCAGUGCGUUCAUCAGUUUACCAAAACUAUUUAUGAUGGCACUAUCCUUGGCACUUACUGGGUACUGACCAUUGUAUUCGGCGGCCUUCUGUCCUUUAUCUAUGGCUUAACCUGCGGAGCUCUGAGCUUCAUGAUGAUUUGGGUGGCAACUCCUUUUGCCCGCUUCUGGUUGAUCCCAUUGGGAUUGUAUGGUAAAAUCUGGCAAUUUAUUGUUAGAUGCCUCUACGAUCCCCUGUACGAGUCUUGCGGCAAGAUCUUCGCCAAUAUCAACAUAAACUUUAAUACUAGAGCUAUCCAGCGUGUGUAGCUACAUAUUGUUUUCGUAUUAUGCAAAACUACAGCCUUAAUUAACAGCCUGAGAUUCAUUCAUCGUUCGACUGUGACUUGAGAUCAACUUAGUAUUAGGUCAUAUCUGAACUUGAAUUGAAACCCAAUAUGUAAUGUAAAUUUGCGUUAUUCUCGUCACAGCUAAUUUACUCAUAGGUAGAAUAUCACAGUUUUUUUACUUCAUUCAACAUUUAAUAUUUCAUUUAGUAAUAUCUCUGUCUGAUACUUGCCCGUCUCCUUGUAGUUCUUUCUCUUGGAUUUUCACUUCGUGCGUUUGUGUAGUAUAGUAGUAUUUAGACACAUUUCACCAGUGAGCCUGGGGCUCGUUUAAAUGUGAACGUGUAUGCAACAAUUAAAAUGUAAAAUUUAAACAUGUAAUCUAUUCGAUAAAAAUACAAAAACUAGACUAUAAAAUUUAAAAACUAGACUCUAAAAAUAAGUAUGUGAACUAAUCGAUACAAAGAUUACAUUGUGCGUAUAUCUUCAAAAUCCCCCAACAACAAGUAAAUGUUACGUGCACCAAAAACAAUGUCCAGUAAUCACCACUGUUUCUCUACAGUUUUUCAUUACUCCUACCCGGAAUCUUGGUAUCAAAUCAUUAAAAAAUUCAAUGAUUGUCGUUC